AUGCUUGCUCAGGUCGUAAUGAGUUUCCAGCUCUCUGUAUUAUUUGGAAGCGGAUCCUUGGUAAUUGAAUCGCUUUUGGAGGAGGAUUCGGGUGUCUACGAAUGCAUGGCCCGAAACAUUAUUGGCACGGCGAUAAGUGACGCGGGUCACCUCAACGUUCGACGUAUCGAAUUUCCACCAACAAUAAAGGGAAUUCCCUCCCAAGUUUUCGUUUCACCUGGAAAGGGGACAAAUCUCACCUGCAAAGCCAGUGGUUUUCCUCUCCCAUUAGUGUGGUGGGCCACGGCGGGGUCUGCGCCGGCUGCACCGCCAGGAGGAGGAAAAAGCGACUUCCACGAGACCGGCCCCAUUCACUACUACGCAGAGCGUCCGUUGACAAAGCCGCAGGCACAACAGGCAACCCUACGGCUGACUGAUAUCACCGACCAACUGACGUACAUCUGUGUGGCUAAGAAUAGCUUAGGCAUCGUGAGAAGAAAUAUCAGCGUAAUUGUCAAACCACUUCCAGAUCCACCGACGUGGAUUGAUGUCCGACCGGUUGGUGGAACCUACGCUGUUCUGCAAUGGAAAGCACACAAAGUCAGUGAAAUUGAAUCAUACACGCUAACGGUGGAGUCGAAGAAGAAACGUCUCGGCUCGCUGAUGGAUUUGCGGAGACAGAUGACCGACAUCUACACAAAGGACUUUCACACCUCUCUCAAUGAUGACUCACAGAUUGUGACUUUCAAUGUGACCGACUUAUUUCCCUACACCACCUACAAGGCAACGGUACAAGCAGUAAAUAAGAGGGUCGGACUCUCACUGCCUAGUGAAGAGAUGGAGUUUCAAACUGCUGAAAUUCCACCCGGAGAACCGCCACAGGAUAUUCGAUUGCGUGUGAGUGGACCCACUUCUCUGGAAAUCACGUGGGAUGCACCUCAACUGUCAAAUGGUAAAAUUUUGGGCUAUAAAGUUUACUACACAACGAGAAAGGCCUAUCCUUUGAGUGCAAGACAGGUGAAGAGAACACCGAAUCAAAAAAUACGCCUCGAAGAUCUCCUCCCGAAUGCCACCUACAUUGUCUCCAUCAGCCCUUACAACGCGGCUGGUGACGGACCAAUGAGUGAUGACCACUACAGUCUCAUUUUGCCCGGGGGUAAGUCCUAA